CCAGCGACUUCCGCUUCUGUUUAGAAAUAAUAUUACACACAGUGCCCAGCUUUUGUUGGACUUGCCAUAACAUUCAUACUGCAUGUACAGCCAAGGUUACUAAUUUGCCUUGGUCAGCAAAGCCCCCAAAACUGAACUCUCAGGUUACAGACGUCAGUGCGUUCUUUGUCAACUGGAGCUGAUUUUAAUCUGACUCGUCCACCCGUGUGUUCGGUCUCUGGUCAUCAACCAAGGACUGGUGUCAAACUGAUGUUGGGAACCCAUCCUUGCUUCUAAGGAACAUUUUACUUUGUUCCUGGUGACUUCUUUGUGGGACCAUUAUUGCCAUCCCUCCCUUCAGAAGAACUCUGUUGGGGCUUCACCAAAGGAAACAUGUGCUAAAAGCUGAAUUUCUUCUGACAUCUGCUCAGCUUUGAGUCUAGAAAAUGAACCACGAGGAUGAGUUUUACGAUGCCGUAACAGGCCUCGAUUCAGAUGAGUCAUACGAAGGGAUGUCAGAGGCCAGUUUCAAAGAUGCAAAAGGGUUUGACUGCAGCAGUCAAAAGAACAAUGGAUCGGUACCACAAGAGAACGGCGUCAAGAAACACAGGACGUCUUUACCAGCACCCAUGUUUUCCAGAAGCUCAAUGAGUAUCUGGAGUAUCCUAAAGAAAUGUAUUGGACUGGAACUGUCCAAAAUCACAAUGCCUAUCAUCUUUAAUGAACCAUUAAGCUUCCUGCAGAGAAUCUCAGAAUACAUGGAACACACCUACCUCCUCAACAGAGCCUGCUCACUAUCUGACUCCAUAGAGCGCAUGCAGGCAGUUGCUGCUUUUGCCGUGUCGGCAGUUGCAUCUCAGUGGGACAGAACUGGAAAACCAUUCAACCCACUGCUGGGAGAGACCUAUGAACUCAUCAGAGAAGAGCAGGGUUUCCGGCUUAUAUCUGAGCAGGUAUCCCAUCAUCCUCCAGUCAGUGCCUUCCACGCAGAGAGCCUCACUGGGGACUUUGUCUUCCAUGGCUCCAUUUAUCCAAAACUCAAGUUCUGGGGCAAGAGUGUUGAGGCAGAGCCAAGAGGAACAAUCACACUAGAACUACUCAAGCACAAUGAAGUCUACACGUGGAGUAAUCCUUACUGCUGCGUACAUAACAUCAUCCUGGGCAAACUAUGGAUAGAGCAGUAUGGCACAGUGGAGAUAGUCAACCACAGCACUGGAGAGAAGUGUGUGCUGAAUUUCAAGCCAUGUGGGAUGUUCGGCAAAGAGUUGCACAAAGUUGAAGGAUACAUCCAAGACAAGAGUAAAAAGAAGCUCUGUGUAAUCUACGGGAAGUGGACUGAGUGUAUGUGGAGUGUCAACCCCCAGCUUUACGAGGCCCACAAGAAGUCGGAGAAGAAAGGUGACAACAAGACCAAAAAACAAGAGGAGCUCCAGAAAACGGAGAACGAUGAAGCAGACGAUAUGCCUGAGGUCCUAGAGACGGUGUCUGUAGUACCAGGAAGUACUCUAUUAUGGAGGAUAGAGUCCAGACCAGCACAUUCUGCGACGAUGUACCACUUUACAAAUUUUGCGAUGGCUCUCAAUGAACUGGAGCCAGGCAUGGAGGCAGUCUUAGCCCCCACUGACUGCCGCUUCAGGCCUGACAUCAGAGCCAUGGAGAUUGGAAACAUGGAUCAAGCGAGUAGGGAGAAGGAGAGACUGGAAGAGAAGCAGAGAGCUGCCAGAAAGGAGCGAGCCAAGCGUAACGAGGAGUGGAAAACCAGGUGGUUCCAGAUGGGCUCGAACUGUUACACCGGCUCCCAGGAUUGGCUCUACACAGGCGGCUACUUCACCAGGAACUACCAGAACCUGCCAGAUAUUUACUGAAAACCCUCAUCCUCUGCCUCUUUUUUUAUCCUGCGGUGAUGUACCCGUCAGGAUGCAGAGAAUUUAUAGAAAAAGAUCCAUAUACCCACCUUUGCUCCCGUCUUCAUCUCACUGCCUUCACGAUCGUCUGAAACAACUGCUGCAGAUCUGAACUAUUUUAAAAGAAGCCAAAUGCUCGGCACAGACGUACCAUCAUCACGUUUGUCUUACUUUUGACAUCCUUUGUGAUAUUUGUCUCCUAACAGCCAACAAAUGUCUCUCUCCUCGCUGCCCUAACGCUGUACAGGGCACAAGUAGAAUAUGAAUCCUGAGCAAUCCCAGCAGCAGAGCUGAAAACUCCUAAUGUUCAACAGACAAUGAUUAACAUCUUUGCACUCAACUAGCGUACCUUUGGACUGUUACUUAUGACUCAUUAAUGAAUAAAAGU